AUGCGCGCGAACGACGGCGUCGUCGCGGACGCGGACGCGGCGAACGAACUCGCCGUCGUGGACGCGGCGAGCGAACGCAAGUCGUGGGCGCACGCGGCGAAGACGUGGGCGCGCGCGGCGCAGUUGUGCGUCGUCUUCUCGCCGCUCGCGCUCUUGGCGCCGAUUUUACUUCGCGACGGAUGGACGUGGGGGAAUGAGCUCUGGUACGGGCUCUUGCGUCGAAUUCUCGAAGCGUCGGGACCGGCUUUCAUCAAGUGGGGUCAGUGGGCGAGCACGAGAUACGACGUCUUCCCGGCGGCUUUGUGCCGCGAGCUCGAGCGCUUGCAGGCGGGCGCGCCCGAGCAUAGCUGGAAAGAGACGAAGGCAAUUUUAGAACGCUCGUACGGCGUCGGAGCCGACGGUAAGCUGAACAAGUUUGAGGAGAUCUUCGAGUGGUUCGAUGAGAAAGUGCUCGCGAGCGGGUCGGUGGCGCAAAUUCACCGCGCUCGGCUCAAGCCGGGCCGGCUCGUCAACGGGCGCAUUCGUCGCGGCGGGCAAAAACGCGAAGUCGCCGUCAAGGUUCGACACCCGGGCGUGGUUGACGCGCUGACGCGUGAUUUCGAAAUACUGGUGUGGAUGGCCGGUCUUUCAAAAAGCAUCAAAUGGCUCGAGCCUUUGCAACUCGAAAAUACGAUUCAACAGUUCGGCGUGCACAUGCUUCAGCAAGUCGAUUUCAGGCACGAGGCGGACAACUUGGACAAGUUUCGAAAGAGCUUUUUACUCAUGCCGGCGAUUAGUUUCCCUACGCCGAUCCCAGGGUUAGCGACGGAGGAGAUUUUGGUGGAGACGUACGAGGAGGGCGUGAGCAUUGCCUCUUAUUUGCUCUCCCCCGAAGCAGACAAGGAGAUGCUCGGAAGCGAGCAAAACAAAACGCUCGCAGGUUUGGGAGUGAAAACGUUGUUCAAGAUGCUCAUCGAUGACAACUUUUUGCACGCAGACUUACACCCGGGUAAUAUUCUCGUUCGGUUACCUAACGGCUCGACGUCGACGCUCUCCGACGCGUCGCCAGAAAUCAUCAUUUUAGACACUGGUUUGGCGACGCGGCUGACGCCGUUUCAUCAAGCAUCGCUCGCGAAGAUGUUUCACGCCAUCGUUACGUGGGAUGGGUCCACGGUCGCCGACUCCAUCUUGUCUUUUGCCGACAACGUCAAGGCGAAUGUCGAUUACACGGAUUUCCGAGCCGACAUCGCGAAAGCGGUGGACCAAUUUUCGUCUACCACGCCGCGUGCUGGCGAGUGUAUGGGGGCGAUAUUUGAAACCGUGCAAAAGUACCAUUUGUGUUUAGAUCCCAACGUGAUGAUCGCGGUCGUGACCGUGAUGGUGCUGGAGGGCUGGCAGUGGCGGUUGGACCCGACGGUGAACAUUCUCGACUACCUCGACGACGUGCUGAAGGCGAGCGCGCGCAAGUACGCGAGACUGGCAAUCGCGGAUUAUGCGCUCAGAGAUAUGUGGUCACCUUUUAGCGAACCGAACGCGUUCUCCGCGACGGCAGCGGACCCGAUGGCGGCUUUAAAAGCUCAAGGCGACGACUACGUCGGCGCCGCGGUGUACGGAAUGUAG